AUGUUCCGCUUCAGCAAAACCCUCGACCCAAUAACCCUCUUCCACUCCCCCUCCCUCGCCCCCUCAACCCGAGUCCUCAACAUCCUCAAACAAGCCUCGAUCGCCGCCUCCGAAACCGCCACCGAAGACCAAGCGUCCGACCACUCCGCCCACAACAAGCAGCAGCGCGGCGAGUUCGAGCUCGAGGUGACCACCUCGGCGCCGACGACCGACCAGCUGCACAGUAUCCUGGAGUAUAUCAGUCCGGUCAGCGGGACGGGCGGGCAGGGCGGGAAGGCGGUUUAUGGAGUUGGCGAGUUGGUGAAGGGGGCCAAGGAUGCGGAGGAUGCGGUGAAGAAGUUUAAGGAGGAUCAGGAGCGGUUUGUUAGGCCUGUGACUGUUGAUUGGGUGAAUGGUCGCGCUGUGAUUGGCGAUAAUGAGUCCGAGAUUUUGCGCAUGGUGCGCCAGCUUCCUGAGAACUAG